AUGGUUUGUUCUCAUGUGGCUGCAUCUGUAUUGCAUGUGUGUGGCAGAGAACUCUGUGGGUUGCCGUACAGAAGCUAUUGCAGGGACAGAAUUCAUCGGGGUGAAAUUAUGGAGCAUGUUGUGGUAGAUGGUGCUGAGGUAAUGGUCGGUGAUGAUCAAUUGCUCCAGGACAAAAUAAACUCCGUUCGACUCAGUGGCCCUUCAAAACUUCAGAUUACUUUGAAAUUCCAGGUUAUUGCUGAUUUUGAUGCUACACUAACAAAGUAUUGGAUUAAUGGUCAACGAGGGCAUAGUAGUCAUGGCCUUCUACAACAGGGGAAUCCUGAGUAUGAUCUCAAGAGGCAGAAUUUAUAUGAUUAUUAUCAUCCAUUAGAGAUUGACCCAACCAUCCCACUUGAUGAGAAAGCAAAACUCAUGGAAGAGUGGUGGGAGAAAACUCAUGCUCUUCUUAUUGAGGGAGGACUUACCUAUGCUGCCAUAAAGAGCUCAGUAGCUAAAUCGAGGAUCGCAUUCAGAGAGGGUGUCACUGAACUUUUUGAACUGUUGGAGAGGAGUAAUGUUCCUGUCCUUAUAUUUUCUGCUGGCCUAGCGGAUAUUAUUGAAGAGGUGUUGAGGCAGAAGCUUCAUAGAUCCUUUAAGAAUGUCAGAAUUGUAUCCAACAGAAUGGUCUUCGAUGAGGAUGGUAACCUUGUAUCUUUUAAAGGCAAAACCAUUCAUGUAUUGAAUAAGAAUGAGCAUGCGAUAGACAUGGCUGGACCUGUUCAUGAUCAGCUAGGUGAUGCCAAUGGGCUAACAACUGAUUUCUCCGUGAAAUCGAGAACGAAUGUUUUGCUGCUUGGUGAUCACAUUGGAGAUCUGGGAAUGUCUGAUGGUUUAAACUACAAUACAAGGAUAUCAGUAGGAUUCUUGAAUGACAACAUUGAGAGUUCCCGUGAUAGCUAUCGCAAUGCCUUUGACGUUGUAUAUCUGAAUGAUGCUCCCAUGUGGGGAGUAGUUAAGCUUGCAUCUCAGCUUUGUUCAACUGUGGCUGAUUAAGAGGUGAUGGGUCAAACCUUCAAUUAUCAAGUAUUGCAUUGAGCAUUUAUUUUCCUUUAUGUAGUGGGUACCCUUAUUAUCAACUUGCAAUAUCUAUUGAAGUGCACUAUUUUUCAAUUGAAAUUUCUUUGAUUGUAUUGUGCUUAUAGCCAUCAAUGACAUCCACUCAUAAACAAUUGACAGCCUGAGCACCUCCAUAGUUUCACCAUUGGAGGUUUCAAGGAUACAUAGAGGAAGUGAUUAUGGGUAUUGUAUUCGUUUUCAACAAAAUUGAUUAUGAGUAAACACUGUAGCUUAGAUCAUCAGUUGGCAUGCCUCACCUCUUCUGAAUAUUGGAACAUCCAAAAAGGUUUCAUUUAUCAUGCUCUAAUUUUGCUGAAUUGGUACCCAUUGAUCUUGAGAAAUCACAAGAAAAAUGUUUUGGUAUCAUGUCUAUACAUUAGCGUGAUGUAAUUCAUGAUAAUGUAGAAACCUCCAUUUUCACCCAAAAAAUAAAGAAAACAUAAGUUUCUUAGUAGAAGAGCCCAAAACACAACAAUAAAGAAAACACAAGUUUCGGUUCGUCGGAAUUUUC